CUUGGUGACACAACAGCUGAUGUCACAGAUUCAAGCUCCUGGCUCUAAAAUGUGGGAGUCCCAGCUGCUCCAGGCUAGGGACUCUGCAUGUACUUAAAGAUUGCUAACACUCAGAGGAAGUUUGCUCUUGAUGACAAAAAAGGUUCUCACAAUGGCUAAAAAUUGUGUUGACUAGGUAUAACCCUGACAUAGAGUUAAGCAUGUUUGGAAAUGCCAAAAUGAACUAAUCUGUUUUUUUGAAGUUUUGUGGUUGGGUUUUAAGUAUGUGACUGUGCCAUGAUUUAUUUGAAGUUAACAUUAUUUGAUGCUCAAAAAUAAUGCAUGUAGUACUUAACCAUGUGUUCUAUUUUUACAAAGUCUUCAAAAAUGUCUUGCUCAUUCUAGUUUAUUUUUGCACAUGAGAUUCCUCGUUUCAUUUACUUAUUUCAAUUUUGUGGACUAUUUCAUUAAGUUUUUGGAGAAGAGACGGUUUCUAAAUAUCAGUUGAUUGGUCUUGGUCCUCAUACCUCCAGGAAGAAACAGGAUCUCGAUAAGCUCUAUGAGCUGAAGUCCAAAGCUCGGCAGAUUAUGAACCAGUUUGGCCCCUCAGCCCUCAUCAACCUGUCCAAUUUCUCAUCCAUAAAACCGGAACCAGCCAGCACCCCUCCACAAGGUUCCAUGGCAAACAGCACUACAGUGGUAAAGAUACCAGGCACGCCUGGGCCUGGAGGGCGUCUCAGCCCUGAAAACAAUCAGGUAUUGACUAAGAAGAAGUUACAAGACUUAGUAAGAGAAGUGGAUCCUAACGAGCAGUUGGAUGAAGAUGUAGAGGAGAUGCUGCUGCAGAUUGCUGAUGAUUUUAUCGAGAGUGUAGUGACAGCAGCCUGCCAGCUUGCUCGGCAUCGCAAGUCCAGCACCCUGGAGGUGAAGGAUGUCCAGCUGCACCUAGAGCGCCAGUGGAACAUGUGGAUCCCAGGAUUUGGCUCUGAAGAAAUCCGACCCUACAAAAAAGCUUGCACCACAGAGGCUCACAAACAGAGAAUGGCAUUGAUCCGGAAAACAACCAAGAAAUAACACAUGGAGAGAUCAGGGAAUGGACAACAUUGUAUUUGGAGAUACUUGAGCUGAGACCUCAGCCAUCUCACCUUUGGAUUUUUUUUUUAAUGCUUUACAGAGAAGCAUAUAUUUUUUAUUAACAGUGCAGCAAUAUCUAUAAUGACUGAGAGGAUCUGCCAAAAGAAUAAAGCCUCCUGCCCCCACUUUGGCCCCUUUCCCUGCCGUCUCAAAGAGGAGCGAUUUAUCUUCCAGAGAAGAUUUUAUUUGUGGUUUAUUAUAUAAGUGAUUGAAUCUGGAACAAAGCAGUAUCGUCUUGUUUGGUGAGACAGUAUUAGCAGGAUUGGUAGAGGUUUUUGUUUCCUUCUCCCUUCCUCUUUCCCCUGUACUUUGUAAUGUCAGUGUUUAUAUGAAUACGACUUUCAUUUGCUUUUCCAGAAUAAAAAUGUUAUUAAUUGA